CUGCACAGGCAGGCGCAGACUCUCCGCCAAGUUGCGAGCAGCACAGGCUCGCACACACCGGGCUGCGGGGUGCCCGCAGAUUGAUGCUCCUCUGGCUCCAGAAAGGCUGAAAGAAGAGGGGACCAGAAAAAAAAAACAACAAAACCAAACCAGCCAGAAAGGGGUGAAGGAGCCUGAUCCUGUCCAGCAGUCCCAGAGGGAAUAAUGGAUGUGACCAUCUCUCAGUUCAUCUUAGAAGAAUUUGAUGUGAACUGCAGCCUCCUGGAUCGUUUACACGAGACUUUUUUAGAGAGUUCCUCUGUCCCUUUCCUGGGCUUUGAUGGUCCGUACUGCAAUGCCACCACGGACCAGAUCGGGACCUGCUGGCCCAGAACCUCUGCGGGGGAACUCGUGGAGAGACCCUGCCCCGAGUUCUUCAAUGGGAUCAAAUACAACACCACGAGAAAUGCCUACAGAGAAUGCCUGGGCAAUGGGACAUGGGCUUCCAAGAUAAACUACUCUCAGUGCGAGCCUAUUCUGGAUGACAAGAGGAAGUAUGCGCUCCAUUACAAGAUUGCUCUCAUCAUAAACUACCUGGGGCACUGUAUUUCAGUAGGGGCCCUUAUAGUUGCCUUUAUGCUUUUCUUGUGCUUGAGGAGUAUCAGAUGCCUGAGGAAUAUUAUCCACUGGAACUUGAUCACCACGUUCAUCCUGAGGAAUGUGAUGUGGUUUCUGCUUCAAAUGAUAGAUCACAACAUCCACGAGAGCAAUGAACCCUGGUGUCGAUGUAUUACCACUGUCUACAAUUAUUUUGUGGUGACCAACUUCUUCUGGAUGUUUGUGGAAGGCUGCUACUUACACACUGCUAUAGUGAUGACCUACUCCACAGAUAAGCUGAGGAAAUGGGUUUUCCUCUUUAUAGGAUGGUGUAUUCCCUGUCCAAUCAUCAUUGCCUGGGCCAUUGGCAAGCUGUAUUAUGAAAAUGAGCAGUGCUGGUUUGGAAAAGAGCCAGGGAAAUAUAUUGACUACAUCUACCAAGGGCCAGUGAUUCUUGUUCUCCUGAUAAAUUUUGUAUUUCUAUUUAACAUAGUUAGGAUUUUAAUGACAAAGCUGAGAGCUUCAACCACUUCAGAAACAAUCCAGUACAGGAAGGCAGUCAAGGCCACGUUGGUUCUCCUGCCUCUGCUUGGCAUCACCUACAUGCUUUUCUUUGUCAACCCUGGCGAGGAUGACAUUUCCCAGAUUGUUUUCAUCUACUUCAAUUCCUUCCUUCAGUCUUUUCAGGGUUUCUUUGUGUCAGUAUUUUACUGCUUCUUGAAUGGUGAGGUCCGUUCUGCUGCCAGGAAGAGGUGGCACCGCUGGCAGGACCACCACUCGCUGCGGGUGCGCGUGGCACGAGCCAUGUCCAUCCCCACGUCCCCAACCCGGAUCAGCUUCCACAGCAUCAAACAGACCGCAGCCGUGUGACACCUCCCGCCUCCCACCACCACCCCGUGGCCUUCAGACUUCUCCUCUCUUCGCUCCCACACCCCAAAACCCCCUUCUGCAAACUCCUCCUCUGUCCCCACUGAUCUCUUUUCAGUGAGGAUCCCAUCCUGUUUCGGCGGGCUCUCAUCUCCCACAUCCGUGAUGCUGCUUUGAGGUGACCAGGAAAAAGCCUCUUGGAGUUGGUGGUGGUAAAACAGAUUCAAAGAAAGGAGCAGGUUCAACCCUGACUGCAUCCUGUGGAAGUUCACAGUGCAAAGUCUAAAACAGCACACUGGCAGGAAUAAUCAAAUUUUUUCUCCUUCCUUUCAUUUUUUUUGUUUUUAUUCCCCCUUUCAUACUGCGGUGAACAAAGACUAUUUUUAACACACUGCCCAUCUCCCCCUGUACAUUGAUUCCCAAUGAUUUCAACAGUUUGGUGUAUAAUAGCCCAUCCCUUUCUUGUUUUCUUUGUAAAAAGUUUCUUCUCUGCAAAACUGUCAUUUGAGAACUUGAGGCAGCAAGAAAAAGAGCGUCUGAAAUGUGGUGUGAAAAGCCUGAAUUUAUCUGCCUUCCCCAUUUCUCUCUUGGACAGACUGGGAAUUGUCAGGGCGUCGCUGGACUGUUCCACACAGGGCACUUUGCCUGGCAAGCACCAUGCCCUGCCCUUACACAGAUUUUCAAAGGACAGGAGUAGCUCCAAGUAAUUCUACAGAAUACUCUCAUUCCUCUUAGCCCCACGCUUCCAGCACAAUGUAAAGCCUUUGGAAAGUGGUUUGUUGUUUUUUUUUUUUUUUCAGCUCAGAGGAUCAGGGUGGGGAAGGACAACUUUUCUGGGUUUAAAAAACACAAAAGGGAAGCACUGUAAAGAUAACCAUGAUGGGAAGAAGAUGUUUGCCUUCUGAGGAUAAUGCUACGUGCUGCACAAAGUAUCUAUUGAGCAUUUUGAACUAGAGCAGUUGUAUCUACCAGGCUUUUUAUGUGAUGUUCAAAAAUACUGUAUAUUUUCAAUAAUAAACACUACUCUGGGUUGGUUUCAAUAAAA